CAAGGCAUUGCGACAUUUGAGCGUUCUAGAGCCAAUCGCGGCGCCGCGUGUCGGCGUUUCUGUACGUCAUGAGGGGCUGGAGCUCAUGUGGGGUUGACACAUCAUCUCUCACUCAAGCUCAGGAGACUGUAUCUGUUAACAACUUCAUCAAUCCAGCAUUGGACCACAUUCUCAGCAGGUAGACUUAGCAUACAAAAGCAUACAAGCAUCCACAAUGUCCUACAACGAUUCCUACGGCGGUGGAGAUAACGAGCGCCGCAACGAGGGCUAUGGCGGGGGCAACAGCGGCUAUGGACGCGACGAUGACCGCCGCCAGGGGGGAAACAACAGUGGUCGUCAGGAGGGAGGCUAUGGCGGCAACAGCGGCGGCAAUAGCGGUUAUGGACGCGACGAUGACCGUCGUCAGGAGGGAGGCUACGGCGGCGGCAACAGCGGUCACGGACGCGACGACGACCGCCGCCAGGAGGGAGGUUAUGGCGGCAGCAGCGGCGGCAACAGCGGAUACGGUCAAGAAGGACGUCAGCACGGUGGCGGCUCUUCUGGAGAGGAGAGGCGCCAUGAGAGCGGCGGCUACGGCGGUGGCUCCAGCGACGACAGGCGCCAAGAAGGCGGCUACGGCGGAGGCCGUCAAGAGGGCGGAAGUGGAGGCUACGGGAACGACCGACCCAGUGGUGGCAGCUAUGGCCAAGACGAGCGCCGCCAUGAGAGCGGAGGUCGCCAGGACGACUCAUACGGCGGGCGCCCAAGCGGUGGGAACAACUACGGCGACAACGACCGCCCUUCGGGGGGUUACGGUGGAGGUAGCAACAGUGGGAAUCGCUACGACGACAAUGACCGCCCGUCAGGAGGCAACAGCGGAGGCAACGGUGGAUACGGCCAGAGCUCAUCAGGAGGCUAUGGUGGCGGUUCUGGCAACCACGGCGGUCAGCAUUCUUCUGGGACUUCUUACGGUGGCGGCCACGGUGGUAGCUCGGAUGAAUAUGGCGAGGCUGCUCAGCACGCUCAGCAAGACGCUGGCUCUUCAGGAGACUCGAACCUCUUCGGUGCCGCCCUUGGCCUGCUUGCCGGCAACAAGCAGAAGCUUCAGAACGAGGAUGUCGAUGAAGAUGAUGCUGUGCAGCAGCAUCAGAAGUUUUACGGCAAUCAGAGUGGGGGUGGCCAGCAGGCUACUUCGAACAACGUCGGAGCGGCUGCCGCUAUGCAGGCCUUAAAGAUGUUCAACGGUGGCAGCAACGAACAGGCUCAAGGCGGUCAGAACAAGUUCAUCGGCUUGGCCAUGUCUCAGGCUGCCCAGCUGUUCGAUCAACAGCAGAGCCAGGGGAAGACAGAUCCCAGUGCUACCAAGCAGGACGCUGUUGCUCAGGCUGCUCAGAUGGCCCUCAAGUUCUACAUGAAGAGCGAGGCUGGUGGAGGUGGCGCCUCUGGUGGAAGCUCCGGAGGCGGCCUGGGAGGUCUUUUGAACAUCGCCAGCAAGCUUAUGAAGUAAGCUCUUGCGUUGCAGGAUAAACGGCGGACGAAGCAUGUGGGCCAGAUAUUCUACUACGCGGCAGUAACGUAGAGAGAAUGCACAAAAGUUUUAUACAACACUUUUUAACCUACAACACAAGCAAUUCUUAACUAAAUCUUAGCUUCAAGUAUUAUGAUCGUUGCAAGUUUUGUGUUGAAAAUUGGUCAGCUUGAAGGUCGCUUAUCCGCCUUUUUUUCUGAAAUUUGAG